AAUUUCAUCGCUGCUAGAUGGCGCUGCGUCGAAUAUGCAUAAGGGGGUGUACAGAUUAGGCAAAUACCUGUCAAAAUAGCCUAUCUCGAUGUAUAAUGAGAUAAAAAAUUUCUAAAAUUAAUUAACAUGUAUCGUACGCUUUAAAAUCGGCACCGUAUAUGAUGAAUAUACGGUAUAUUUUUACGACGAAAAGAACGGAAAGAUUCAAGGAUGUUGUAAUGAAAAUCUUUUUUUAUAAUUACGGAUUAAUGUCUUAUUGCCAAAGGAAUAGAAAUGUUAGAAAUAUGAGGUGUAUUUAAGCGAUAACUAUAUCGUUACAUAUAUAUGUGUGUGUAUUGUACCAGUUAAAUUUGAAUCGGGAACAUGAAUUUAGAAUUUACGAUUUGAACGUUGCAGCUGAUACUACUGCCGAUAUCUUCGAGUCAAUGUUAGAGUUAACCUUGUUCUUGGCCUACUUUGUCGGUAACGAUGCAGGGGAGCAAGCUCGAUAUUUUCAAGGGAUGAUACGAGGAUGAUGGAACGAAUUCCUUGUAUAAAGCGUUUCUGUACGUAGUUUUACUAAAUUGUGAAAAUAUUUCCUUGUAUUCUAAAACAUUAUCGCAAUUAAAUAGCGAAACGUUCUGCAACGUAAAAAAAUGCAAACAUUUUACAUAAAUACCGUAUAAAAUUAAUAGAGUGAUGUAAAAAAAGUUUAUGAAUUAUAAAAGGGAUUAUAAAAAAAAUACGAAUGCACUCGACCGUGUUUCCUUCGCGUGUAUUACGUUUACGUGCACUAUGAAUACCGUAACUUGAACGCAUAAUUCAAAGGUUUGUACGUGUGUACGAGUAUUGUUGUAUAGUAUGUAAUAAUUAACGUUCGAAGGUUAACUUUUAAGCACAUGACAGAUUGUAAAUUUUCCCGCCGAUUUUAAAAUGUCUCAAGCAUGAUAUGCGUUUGAACAUGACUCUCUGUUAAUUCUCUUGCCAUAAAUAUAUGUAAUAAUACACGAUAAACUUGUUUCGUUUAUACCAGCUAAAUAUUUACUGCUAUUACAGUGGUAACUGGAAAUAAUAUUAUUUAAUUAAAUUUGAAACACACGCUGGUAGUGUUCAUGCAGUUCUAUGUAGAUAUGAUAGACAAAACCAAAAGUUGCAGAGUGUUAGGCUAUUGGUUAAUCUUAAGUUGAAUAUAUGUUGCGAUAUAUAUAUUAAAAUGGCAAUUGGAAGUAUUAUUUGUGGAGCUGCUACUCCUACAGUGAAGAGAAAAAAGGCAAAGGUAACCGAACGCAGUUGGAUAGAAGCAACUUUUCAAAAGAGGGAAUGUUCAAAAUUUAUUCCAAGCGCCGGAGAUGAGCAUAAGUUUAUUCAAGUACAGGGAGAUAAGAACGCAGAGUAUGAUGUGAUCACUACUUCCAGAUGUUGCUGCGGGUAUUCGUAUACUCAUCAUUGCAGAGCCGGUGUAGAUGUUCAAAGUUAUACCGCUAGCAAUACCAAAGAAAAGGAUCGAGAACAAUGGUCACCGGCAAAAAACACGCGUCCAUUCCCAACUGACGCGUACGGUACAAUCGAAUUUCAAGGUGGACCACAUCCAACGAAAGCGCAGUAUGUAAGACUAGCUUAUGAUACGCGGCCAGAGCCAAUAGUACAGUUAUUGUGCAGAGAAUGGAAUUUGGGAUUACCUAAAUUAUUGAUAACCGUGCAUGGUGGUCGGUCUAACUUUGAACUUCAGCCUAGUUUGAAGAAAGUGUUAAGGAAAGGUUUAUUGAAGGCUGCAAAGACAACCGGAGCGUGGAUAUUUACAGGAGGCACCAAUACAGGUAUCACGAGGCAAGUAGGAGAUGCAUUAUUAUUGGAAAAAUCACAAAGGCAAGGUCGCGUGGUGAGCAUAGGUAUAGCACCAUGGGGAAUUUUAGAUAAAAGUCACGAACUUGUUACCCGAGGAGGCGAAGUCUCUUACGAUUGUCUUUCGUCGCCGUGGUCCAAGUACGCGGUUCUAAAUAAUCGGCAUGCAUACUUUUUAUUGGUGGACAAUGGUACUGGUGGCCGAUACGGUGCUGAAAUCGUAUUGCGUAGGAGAUUGGAAAAAUAUAUUUCUAAUCUGAAAUUACAGCCAUAUACACAUAGCAGUAUACCAGUCGUAGCGUUGGUGAUCGAAGGAGGCACGAAUACAAUUCGGUCAGUUUUAGAGUAUGUCACGGAUGUUCCUCCGGUUCCUGUAGUAGUUUGCGAUGGCUCUGGUCGGGCGGCUGAUCUCAUCGCUUUUAUGCAUAAAUACGCGUCAGAAGGAGAAGGAGAAAACGGAGAAAACGAGGGACCACUAGAGAGUAUGAGAGAACAGCUUUUAGACACGAUCAAGCGUACCUUUAAGGUAACUGCCGAACAAGCAUCUCAAUUGUACUCCGAGCUUUUGCAGUGUACACGUAAGAAGCAUUUGAUCACGGUAUUUAGAAUAACUCAAGAUCGUCCUCAGGAGCUCGAUCAAACGAUACUGACAGCUUUAUUUAAAUCUAAACAAUUGUCGCCCGCUGAACAGCUGUCCUUGUCUUUGAUUUGGAACAGAGUGGACAUAGCGCGUAGCGAAAUAUUCGUUUAUGGCCAGAAUUGGCCAGCCGGUGCUUUAGAUCAAGCAAUGAUGCAAGCUUUGCAACACGAUAGGAUCGAUUUCGUAAAGCUCCUGUUAGAGAACGGAGUUUCCAUGCGUAAAUUUUUAUCGAUCCCACGGCUCGAAGAAUUAUACAAUACCAAAGAAGGACCUUCGAACACGUUAGGUUAUAUUCUUCGCGACGUAAGGCCAAAUAUUCCACGCGGUUACAUGUACACGUUGCACGACAUCGGUCUCGUGAUAAAUAAAUUAAUGGGCGGAGCGUACCGUUCGCAAUACACUCGAAGAAGGUUUCGCGUGAUCUAUACCAAAGUGAUGAAGAGAUCCGGCGGUCAUCCGCAGCAUAUGCAUCGAAAUAGCUGCGUGAUGGGUAGCGGUGCUCGGUAUUAUUCAGGAUCCGGUAGCAAGCAAGAUAGUUUAACGAUGAGUUUGCUCGCCGAAACUUUACCGGCUAAUCGCGACACUCCGCUUUUCGAUUACCCUUUUAACGAAUUGCUUAUUUGGGCCGUGCUAACGAAACGUCAACAAAUGGCGUUGCUGAUGUGGCAACACGGGGAGGAAGCUUUAGCUAAAGCACUGGUUGCCCUGAAACUGUACAAAGCAAUGGCGCACGAAGCUGCCGAGGACGACCUCGAGACAGAAGUUUACGACGAAUUGCGGAGCUACGGGAAAGAAUUCGAAAACAUCGCUUUGGAGUUGCUGGAUUAUUGUUACCGUCAAGACGACGAUCAAACUCAACAAUUGUUAACUUCCGAGCUUCAAAACUGGUCUGGUCAGACGUGUCUUUCGUUGGCGGUCACGGCUAAUCAUCGUCCGCUUUUGGCGCAUCCUUGCAGUCAGAUCAUUUUGGCAGAUUUGUGGAUGGGCGGUCUUCGGACGCGGAAGAAUACGAAUUUAAAAGUAGUGCUCGGAUUGGUUUGCCCUUUCUACAUAACGCGUUUGGAGUUCAAGAGUCGCGAAGAAUUGCAAUUGAUGCCUCAAACUCAAGAAGAACAUUUGAUCGCUCUCGAAGACGAAAAGGAAGAUAGCGAUUCGGAGCAUGGCGUUCCGACUGGGCCAGACGUCGAGAAACGUCACCGCAGGAGCCUGAGUGUACGCAACAAAUCCAGCAGCCAACAAGGCGCUAAGUUAUCGUCAAGGAAAACUUCUAUUUAUUCAGUAUCGGAAUCCGUACCGGCUUUAAUCAGCAACGAGCAUACUACGACAAUAGCGAAGGAAACGAUCGUGCAAGAGAACGGUAAAGUACUAACAGACAGCGACGACCUGAUCCAUCGAGCGUACGGUAUUCAUUCCGACUACUAUGACAUCAAGAAUAGCAGGCCGCUGAGGCUGAAGAGAAAGUUGUACGAAUUUUACACAGCGCCCAUCACUAAAUUUUGGGCAAACGCCAUAGCGUACAUUAUUUUUUUGGUUCUCUUUUCAUAUUGCAUACUCAUACACAUGGAUGAUCAUCCCUCGUUGGCAGAAAUUUACGCGAUCGCGUACAUAUGCACGUUAGGAUGCGAGAAAGUAAGGGAAAUCGCAACCUCCGAGCCGGCCACGCUUUCGCAUAAAUUCAGCGUAUGGGCAUGGAACAUGUGGAAUCCCUGCGACGCGGCAGCAAUAAUUUUCUUUCAAAUUGGUCUGGCCUUACGUUUACGGCAUUCCACCCUCGACGUUGGUCGCGUCAUUUAUUGUGUCGAUUGCAUUUAUUGGUACUUAAGGAUACUAAAUAUUCUUGGUGUAAACAAGUACUUUGGUCCGUUGGUUACCAUGAUGGGAAAAAUGGUGAAAAACAUGAUAUACUUCGUCGUGCUGUUAACCGUCGUAUUAAUGAGUUUCGGAGUGACUCGGCAAGCUAUAUUGAAUCCAAAUGCCGAGCCAAAACUAAGAAUAAUACGAGACAUAUUCAUGGAGCCGUAUUUCAUGUUGUACGGAGAGGUAUACGCGGACAACAUAGACCCGGAUUGCGGAGACGAGCCGGGAAUGAUACCUUGCUUACCGGGCCGUUGGAUCACGCCCGCCGUAAUGUCGAUUUAUCUUUUAGUAGCGAACAUUUUACUGAUAAACCUUUUGAUAGCGGUUUUCAAUAAUAUCUUCAACGAGGUAAACGCGGUAGCGCAUCAAGUUUGGAUGUUCCAACGUUUUACCGUCGUUAUGGAGUACGAACAGAAACCAGUUUUACCUCCUCCGCUGAUUGUAGUUUGUCACAUAUAUCUGCUGGUGAAAUAUUUGCUGCGAUAUGUGACUCAAGGGAAAACAAGUACCGGCGAAACGUACGACAACGGGCUGAAGUUGUUCCUGGAAGCGGACGACAUGGAGCGUUUGUACGAUUUCGAAGAGGACUGCGUCGAAGGAUAUUUUCGCGAACAAGAAUUGAAGCUACAAAUGUCGACGGAAGAACGUAUAAAGGUUACGACGGAAAGGGUGGAAAAUAUGCAUCAGAAGAUAGAGGAUAUCGACAAGAAGGAGAACACUCAGAACGCUUCUCUUCAGGCGGUAGAAUUUCGUAUACGCAAAUUGGAGGAGUUGAACGAGCAAACGUUGGCGCAUCUGGGGGUUAUCCACCGAUUCAUGGCUACGCAUAUGCCCAACAUAGAAGGGUUGUCUGGCUUGGAGGUGGAAGGCCGACAGCGCAGAAUAUCGGAACGUUCGGAGGUUCUCUCGGAAACGGACUCUCACACGCAGCUGCCGAGCAUCGCGACUAAACGGAAGAGGCUCGUCCGAUCGUUGACGGACGGUACGUUUCUCAGCUUGGGUCAACAAUUGGACGACGAUAUGCUGAAACAUUCGGAGACGGUUACGUCCCGCGAGAAUCUUAGCAGGAACGACUCGUCGGUAAGCGGAGACGGACACACCGUUCAAGACGAUCUGAAGACAACGACGAGUCAAGAGACCGAGGUGAGCAGAGGAGACGGCGAGGGAGCGACGAUAAAGAAGGAGUCGCAGUCGGACAGUAAAGGGACGAGCAGGGAUGCGAGUGGGGAAGCGAGCAGCAGGGAAUUAAGUACGGAUCCGAGCAGGCAAACGAGUCGAGAAUUGAGCAGAGAGACGAGUAAAGAGGCGACGAGCAAAGAACCGAGCAGAGAAGCGAGCAGCGAAGCACCGACCUCGGAACCUAUCAGACAAGAUUCCUCGGAACGUCCUACCAGACAAAGCAGCAGGACGCGUUCGGAAUCCGACGACGCGAUGAUACUACCCUCUGGUAUUCCGCGAGGCGUCACCUGGGCAGAACCGCGCGUUGCCGUCAUUCCCUCGGUCUCUUCGACCAGCAGCACCCAAAGAUCCAUUCUCCUGGCGAUGCGAGCCGAAUAUACCAGUAUCACGGACGAAUUGGAAAGUUAUUGCGGUCUUCUUAGUCCGCCUCGUACGCCGCCUAUCUCUCCGCCGCCUUCGAGGGUCAGAAAUCUUUCGGAGAUGUCCAAUCCGGAGAUGGCUUGGCAGGUCGAGAACGAACACUUGCGAGACGCCGAGGAAUCCGAUUACCAACAAAUGGAAGAUCUGAUACAAAGAAGAUACAUCGGGGACGACGAGGAAUCUUUGCAAGGACCGGACGAUGCCGGUGGGGCACCGUUCUUCGUAUCGAACGAGCACAGGCAUCAGCUUCGCAGAGCUUCGGCCAUCGACGAAGAAUCUCGAAGACCUCCGCCUACUAUCAGCGUCACCAGAGAAAUCGAACAAACUCUUUCGCGGCCACCGAUUCGAGAUUCCGAGAGCUCCGAUCCGAACGACAAGAGUUUGACUACCGUACCAGCUCCAGCUUCGGAGACCAUGUGUUAAAUACAUACGUAACCUCGAUUACGAAUAGACUUUGUAAAUUCGUACGACUCGACGAACUUUCUUUUUAUGUCUACUUUUUUUUCCGUUUUUUUUUUUUUUCUUCUUCAUCGUACGUACAACGAUAUUUAGGAUUUCCUGCUGCGCACACGCAAUGUUCGGCUCGGAUCCGAAUUUCUAAAAACGUAUUUAAUUAUAUUUUUUACCAGGA